CUGGGCAAACUACACCGCUGACAUCUGAAUGCUCAUAUUUACAGCUUAGCAGGAUGGCCAAGAAUUCGGCGGCGGUGAGAGGAUGGCCACUGAUGGUUCUGCUAUUGAUAAUCCUCUUCACCGCAAUUAUUUUCUUCAUCAAAGCGGCUUAUGAUUCUUGCAAUGCCCACGGGUAUGUCCAGACAGAAAGUUUCCAUCGGUUAAAGCCAAUUCCUUCACUGAGAUUCCAAGAAAGUCCUCUGGCUUUCAUGAAGUUCAAGCUCGUUCUCCUAGUCUCCCACGAACUCUCCCUUUCUGGUGGUCCUUUGCUAUUGAUGGAACUUGCAUUCUUGUUAAGUGGAGUUGGCACAGAAGUUGUGUGGAUUACUAAUCAAAAACCCGUGGAACCGGAUGAAGUUAUUUACAGCUUGGAACACAAGAUGCUGGAAAAAGGAGUAAAGGUUUUUCCAGCUAAGGGUCAGGAGGCUAUUGAUACUGCUCUAAAAGCUGAUAUGAUCAUUUUAAAUACUGCUGUUGCUGGGAAGUGGCUCGAUGCUGUCUUGAAGGAAGAUGUUUCUCGUGUUCUUCCCAAGGUUUUGUGGUGGAUUCAUGAAAUGCGAGGGCAUUACUUUAAACUAGAGUAUGUUAAGCACCUCCCUUUUGUUGCAGGUGCCAUGAUUGACUCGCACACCACAGCAGAUUACUGGAAGAAUAGGACCCAAGAGCGUUUAGGAAUUAAGAUGCCUGAUACCUAUGUUGUGCACCUUGGGAAUAGCAAUGACUUGAUGGAAGUGGCUGAAGACACUGUGGCAAGAAGAGUCCUUCAUGAGCAUGUCAGGGAAUCACUUGGAGUGCGAAAAGAAGAUUUAGUAUUUGCCAUUAUCAAUAGUGUUUCUCGUGGGAAAGGUCAGGAUCUGUUCCUCCGGUCAUUCUAUGAGAGUCUGCAAAUUAUUCAAGAGAAGAAACUGCAGGUUCCAUCAUUACAUGCAGUAGUAGUUGGAAGUGACAUGAAUGCGCAGACCAAAUUUGAAACAGAACUUCGUAACUUUGUAGUGGAGAAAAGGAUUCACGACCGGGUCCACUUUGUAAAUAAAACCCUUAAUGUAUCUCCUUACCUUGCUUCAAUUGAUGUGCUUGUCCAGAACUCUCAGGCCAGGGGAGAAUGCUUUGGGAGGAUUACUAUUGAAGCUAUGGCUUUCCAGCUACCUGUACUUGGCACAGCUGCUGGAGGCACAAUGGAGAUUGUACUAAACGGAACAACCGGAUGGCUGCAUCCUGCUGGAAAAGAAGGUGUGACAGCUCUUGCAGAGAACAUUAUCAAACUUUCAACCGAUGUUAAUAUGAGGCUGAGAAUGGGCAAAAAGGGCUACGAGAGGGUCAAAGAAAUAUUCCUGGAACACCACAUGUCACAUAGAAUUUCUGUUGUUUUAAAGGAUGUUCUGCGUAAAGCAAAGAAUAAUGCUUAAACUUUUCUCUUCCCCCAUCC